UGCCCUGGCCGGAUACAACGGCACCAUCUUCGCUUACGGUCAGUCUGGCAGUGGAAAGACCUACACAAUGACCGGAGGCUCCGAACUCUUCACCAAUCGAGGUCUGAUCCCUCGCGCAAUUACCUACCUGUUUGAUAAGUUCGCGGAGGAUCCAAAUGCUCAAUACGUGCUGAAGAUAUCCUACCUGGAGUUGUACAAUGAUGUUGGCUACGAUCUUAUUGGAAGCGGCAAACGCGCCGUCUCUGUGAUCGACGACCUACCACGAAUUCUUGUAUACGAAGAUGGUGCCACACGGAUGGUUCAUCUUAAGAACCUCAAUCUGCACUGCGCCAGUACGGCUGAGGAUGCAAUGGCUCUUCUGUUUCUGGGGGACACCAAUCGCGUGAUUGCCGAGGUAGGUUCUUUGCAUCCGUAUUAUGGCCUCUUUUACGCCAGAUAUACCAUGUAG